AACAGCUGGACCCUCAGCUCUGUCAGGCUUUGGCAUGACAAUAACGUCCACAGCAGUCUGUCAACAGCUGUUUACCCCGGUCAUCUGGCUAAAGAACUGCAGUCACAACCUUAGCCUCUGACCACAGCCGGGUUGCCAGAUUGAAGAAACAAGUAAAAUAGCUGUCAAGGAUGCUAGUAUGCUCCGAAUAAUUUUUAUCGGCCGCUGUUCUACAAAGGUGUUUCACAAUUCUGUAGUAGUCCAGGUAGUAAAAGGAGAACUUUAAUCAGCGUUGCAGCCGUAGAUACACAAGACCACAAUAGUUUACACUGUAAAGCUGUGUAGGAGACUAUGGCUCAAAAAAUGAGCGACAAGAUAAUGCCCUCUAUCGGCUAGGUUCUGUAGUGUUCCACCCUUGUGUCUCGCUUGUCGACCAACUUUUCCAAUUAAGUAACAAGGAGUUCUCAGCAGGGGUUGCCACAGCGAAUCAUUGAUUUCCAUAUUAUUACGCUGCACAUACAAUCCAUCCAUCCAUCCAUCCAUUCAUCCAGCCAUCCAUCCAUUUUCAUCCGCUUAUCCGUACAAUGUCGAAAAUAUCGAUUUUAAAGGUUGAGAACCCAUCUUGCCUUUGGGGUCGAGUUUGUCAUCCCCCCAAGGGCAGCAAAGACAAAACAGAUCAUUACAACUUUCUUGCUCAGAUGAACCUCUUCUACCACAACACUACUCUGGAUCAGCAUCUGCUGAAGCCCAAGUUAGUGGAGGGAGAGGUUUUUGUCGUCUACUGGUCAAUGAUAAAGUCAUGGUGUCGGGCAGUGGUGGAGUCGGUCAUCACCGACUCGGUGUCCUGCAGAGCUCGCUGCCUCCUGGUUGACUACGGAGAACGACUUAUCGUCGACAAAGGACUUAUUCGAGUGGCUGUGAAAAAGUUUCUUGAACUUCCUUUCUGGGUGAGGAGAUUUCAACUGGCAGGAAUUAAGCCAACUACCCUACGUGUGUCGGUGGAAAAGGCUGAGCUGAUGCCGUCCAGUCAGUGGGACAGCUCAGCUACACUGUACCUACACAACCUGCUACAAGCAUCAACCUUGACAGAGGCUGUGCUUUUUGAAACAAAGUCAGACUCUACCUCCAUUGAGCUCUACCUGACUGUCAAUAACAUCAAGAUCUGUGUGAAUGACGACCUUGUGGCCAAAAAGUUUGCAUAUUACAACCAAGGGUCAGGUGAGUGCAGCAGAUCGAAGGAGUUGGAUCGAAUAGCCGUCACGUUCUUCUCCAGCGUCUUAACACAGACAGUCCCGGACUCAAACCAGACGGCAGUGGAAACUCCACCAUCUCCUGUGAUAUCCAGCAGUCCAGUUUCUGGCUUGAAUGUUGAUUGGCUGACAGCUUCCUCUUCACCUCAGGGACAGGAUGAUGUGACGAUCACGGAGGCAGAUGACAGACCAACCGUCUCUCCACAACUUUUUUCUGUUGGCCAAUCAGGAAGCAGCUCUCAACAUGCCACUGCCAACGUGUGUUACACGUCACAUUCUACAGAUUCUACUUCAACCAAGGACUCCAAUCUUUUGAAAUUUAUGACAUUUCUGAAUCCUGGCUGUAGCUUCCAGCAGACGAACCAGAGUAUCGAUGAGCAUGAAGAGCCUAACAACAAAAAAUCUUAUGUUCCAACUUCAAUGUCCUGCUCAGAACAGGAGGCUGUAUCCUCCUUACACAAUGGUGAGUCUACUACAGGGUCACGCCCUCUGACUGAUAACACAGGGUCGCGCCCUGUGACUGAUCUCUGCUCAAGUGAAAAAAUAGAAGCAACUGGUCUUGAAGUCAAUCAUGUUGAAAAUGACACCAGUGGAGACACACGCAGGUCAGAUUUGUCUGAGUCUGGAUCAACAGAAGCAACAAAGAUGUGCAGAGCGGAGGUGCACUGGGCCUGUUCAAGGCUUCUGGAAUGGAUGAAUCCCACACCUCUGAACUCUGCUCCAGAGUCUGGAGAUGAAGCUGUCAUUCCCAGUGAUCCAAUGGGCUGUGGAGUUUUGGUACAUUCUGUCAUACCAAUUCAGCCCUGCACCAGUCUGGAUGAUGCACCUGUGACUGAUGCAUUCCGCUGCCUACUCCGUAGGAGGCAGUACUGCACUCUGUCCCUGGCAGAUCGUUACGGCUGGCCGGCGGUGUCCAGAGGACGCAACACCAUCAUAAUCUCCCACAGUGCUACCGAGCCACUCAGCUACCUCCCACCACUCCUCAGCCAUGUCCUGCUUAACACCAUCUUCUGUUCCUUCACGUCCAGCGCUGGGCCCAUAGUUGUACUCCUGUGUCCAAACUGGGAGAAGGUCCAGACAGUGUAUGACCUGCUGGUCAGUACCAGGAUAGCCCAUGCCCUUCGUCCAUUCAUUUUGCUGCUUGGCAUUGGGAAAGAUGAGGUUAAGACUGUCAGGAUCCCAAAGAACUGUCUACUGCUGGUGACCACGCCAUUCAGUCUGGUUCGUCUAAUGUCCGUUCACUGUUUCAUGUUUCUGCGUCUGUGCCACCUGCUGCUGGAUGAGGCCGACUCUCUCUUCGUUAAUGCACCCAACCAGAUGGCAACCAUCUUACAACAUUACCAAAAGGUGACCUCCAGUGAGGGCAAGGCCUCCUGCCCUCAGCAGCUUGUUGCUGUGGCAAAGCAGUGGUCCACCCACAUGGUGGACUUGGUAACUACCUACAUGCCCUACCCCUGUGUUGUCAUUUCCAAUCCGGAGGACGCGGCUCUCUACGGCAACGUCCAACAGCUUAUCCUCAUGUCCUCAGAAAGCAGUAAGAUCUUGGAGCUGUUGGGAACACUUGAUUCCAGUCCAGAUGUUGGCCAGAAGACACUCAUCAUAACCAACUCUGCUCAGGAAGUUGAAAAUGUGUUUGUGGCUGUAAAAAACAAAUCAUUGUUUUGCCUCAAGGCUCAUGAGGGCCUUACAGACCAGUUUGACUUGGUCAUCAAGGAGUGGAAAAAGAACAUUGGCCAUGGCAGCCAUGUGAUUAUGGUGACCACCAACGAGUGUCUGAAGUGUUUUGGGAUCAGAGAUGCCACCUGUGUGAUCCACUACGGUUUCCCCACUUCUCCUAAGCUGUUCGGCAGCCGUCUCUUCUGCAUGUCGGACAACUUCAGAAAUCUCUCAGAAAGGGUUUUAACCACCGAUCAAACAAGGGGCCGUCCUGAAGUUACCAAGUCAGUGCUGCUCAUUUCAGAGAAAAAUGCGUCUCAUGUCGUCGGAGUUCUGCGGUACCUGCAGCGGACUGAUGCUCUGCUGCCCGCACAGUUGCUGUCCUUUGCACAGUCUGUCAUAACUGCCAGGGAGAACCUAAAGACCAACAGGCCUCUCUGCAGCUACCUGAAAAGCUUUGGAGUCUGCAGAGACAGCAGUUCAUGUCCAGAUCGCCACAAGUUCAGUUCUGAGCUUGAUCAGUCUGAGCUUCCUGCCUCUGGAGUCAUAGAGGUUGUGCCCGUCCACGUCAAGACGGCGUCUGUCUUCUACGGUCGGGUCAUCUCAAAAAGCGAUAACGGUUUUGAGAGUUUGGCUUCAGAGAUGGCUUCGUACUAUGUUGACAAUAAACCAGGAGCUGAAGAGGUGUUAGUCGGUGGUCUGUACGCUGUAGAAGAAGACAAGGCCUUCCACAGGGUGAAGAUCCUGUCUGUUCUAGACAGAAGUGUCUGCGGUUUUUUCAGAGCAUUUGUUCGCUUCAUCGAUGUGGGAAAAGAGGAGGAGGUGAAAUGUUAUCAAAUUCUUCAGCUGCCGGAGAAGUUUCACUCCCUGCCUGCCCAGGCUGUGGAGAUCAUCGUCUGCUCGGUCAAACCGGGGGACGCUGAGAUCAACUGGCACCCCAAGGCUACCAGAGCCAUCAGUCAGAGGGUCAAAGGUCUGCAGCACAGGGCCAGAGCAGUGUUCAGUUUGGGAAACACGGUCUUUGUUGAUUCCAUGGUCCGAGUGACACAGGUGCCCGGUAUGAGAACGGUUAUUAAUGAAUAUGCUGUCCAGUCUGAAAUCCUGAAAACUGGAUUGGGGGUCAGUAACCCAGAGCAUCUGGACCUGCUGAGGGAGCUGUGCCAGGAGGCUGACACCAACAGUGGCCCAGAGUCCAGUCAGAUGAAUGGGUUAAAUGUCGACUCAUUGACUCUGGAGAAUGAUGUCAGAGCUGAGGGAGACCUUCAGUGUAAUGACACCAGAAUCAACACAAUGAACAAACCCACCAUCCAGGAACCAGCUCUUCAGCACCACCUGGACCACGUGUGUGAUCAAACAGCCCUGUCAGAAAGUCAGGCUGCAGAUGAACAUGUGAACAAUCAGACCAUGAAGCUGGAUUUAGACAAACGUGUAAGUGAUGAAGAAGAUGAACUUAGCCCUCCCACUGACUUGGCUGCAUGUUCCAACACCUGCACUGAUGGUUUUCCUCCAGAUAAAAACCCAAGCAGCGUCCAGCAGAAUACGGUCAGCACUCCUGAAACAGAGAGUGAUGCCUCUGUGAAAAGUUUUCAUCCUCUCAUGACUUGGUACCAGACUCCUGACAGUGUGAUUGUCACGGUGAAGCUGAUCAACCCAGAGAGCCAGUGCUGUGAUUUCUACUCUGACAGGGUCACCUACAGUGCUGGUGUGAAAGGUCGGACCUACAGAGCUGUGCUGGAGCUCUACAGCAACAUUGAUGCCGACCGCUGCCACUGGGAAAUGAAGUCUAAUGAGCCGGUCAUAAAGCUAGUCAAACAGCAGCAGGGACACUGGGAGAAAUUCCUCAGAAACAAGAACAUCUUUGUGAGCUAUGACAUGAACCAUGUUGAAGAAGAUGAAGACAGAGGUUCUGUUGAGAACAACGGCACGUUGUUUUUUGGGAGCACAGGGGAAGAUAACUGCUAUGUGAACUCAGAGGACGGAGAAAGUGACAGUGACUGAUGAUCAAAGAACAUCUCUGUGGAUGAGCAGUUGGCACCACUGUGAGUGGACUCA